CAUAAGAGUUAGAAAACAUAAAGAAAAGAUUAUUUAAAUGGCGCUAAUCCAUGUCAUGCGUUGUAGGUCGAAUUGGGAAAUUUCAGGUUUGGUGAUGCGAUGGCACGAUACGACUGGUUCACAUGGCGGGUAUUGAUAGUUCAAAACUGGAAAACGACUUGAGUUUCGUAAUCGAGGAAGAGGUUCGGCGUUUUUUCUUCAAAGCUUUCCCGCUUGGACAUUACCACAAACAUUUUGCCUGCAUUAGUAAAGAAAUCAGUUACGGAGAGAAAGGAGAUUGAGAGAGAUGAAGUACGUGCUGGUGACAGGAGGAGUGGUGAGUGGGCUGGGCAAAGGCGUUACUGCUAGCAGCAUAGGCGUCGUCCUCAAAGCUUGCGGUCUUCGCGUCACCUCCAUCAAAAUCGAUCCAUAUCUCAACACAGAUGCCGGUACCAUGUCUCCUUUUGAACAUGGCGAGGUUUUUGUUCUGGAUGAUGGUGGAGAGGUUGAUUUAGAUUUGGGUAACUAUGAGCGGUUCCUGGAUGUGACACUCACUAAGGAUAAUAACAUUACCACGGGGAAGAUUUAUCAGUCUGUCCUUGAGAAGGAGAGGAGAGGUGAUUAUCUUGGGAAGACUGUUCAGGUGGUUCCUCACAUCACAGAUGCUAUUAAGAAUUGGAUUGAAUCAGUUGCCGUCAUCCCUGUGGAUGGAAAAGAAGGCCCAGCAAAUGUUUGUGUCAUAGAGUUGGGAGGGACAGUAGGUGACAUUGAAUCAAUGCCAUUUAUUGAAGCUUUGGGACAAUUGUCCGGCUUGACUCCUCACGUUUGGGCAUGUCGCUCUGCUCAGCCCUUACUGGAAAAUACGAAGGAGAAACUUUCUCGGUUUUGCCAUGUUCCGGCUGAUAAUAUUCUCAAUAUUCAUGAUGUUCCCAACAUAUGGCAUAUUCCUCUUUUACUUAGAAACCAAAAUGCACAUCAUUCAAUUCUCAAACAACUAAAUUUGCUCAGCAUUGCCACACCACCUGCUCUUGAGAAUUGGACUAGGAUGGCUGAAACUUUUGAUAAUUUCACCAGUUCUGUGAGAAUUGCAAUGGUUGGGAAAUAUGUCGGGCUAACAGACUCAUAUCUGUCUGUUGUGAAGGCCCUUUUGCAUGCCUGCAUUGCUUGUUGUUUUAAGCCAUCAAUUGAUUGGAUUGCAGCUUCUGAUCUAGAAGAUGACAGUGCAAAAUUGACCCCUGAAGCUCAUGCUGCUGCAUGGAAGACUCUGAAGAGUGCAGAAUGUGUUUUGGUUCCUGGUGGUUUCGGAGAUCGUGGUGUGAGAGGAAUGAUAUUGGCUGCAAAAUAUGCUAGAGAGAAUAAGGUUCCUUACCUUGGGAUAUGUUUGGGCAUGCAGAUUUCAGUAAUUGAGUUUGCUAGAUCUGUUCUGGGCUGGGAAAGAGCCAACAGCACAGAAUUUGACGACAAGACACCUGAUCCUGUUGUAAUUUUUAUGCCAGAAGGUUCAAGAACGCAUAUGGGAAGCACAAUGAGGCUAGGAUCUCGCAGGACACUGUUACAAACUCCUGACUGUAUUACUUCUAAAUUGUACGAAAAUCCAGAUUAUGUGGAUGAACGGCAUCGACAUAGAUAUGAGGUAAACCCAGAAGUGAUUGGAAAUCUGGAAGAAGCAGGCCUAAAAUUCGUUGGGAAGGAUGAAACUGGAAAAAGAAUGGAGGUUUUGGAGCUUCCAAGUCAUCCAUUCUAUGUUGGAGUUCAAUUUCAUCCAGAAUUCAAAUCAAGGCCUGCAAGGCCCUCUGCUCUAUUUCUUGGUCUAAUAUUGGCAGCAACGGGACAGUUGAAUGCAUAUCUUAACAGGCAUCAGAAUGGAAUUUGAACUGACUUUUCUUUUUUCUAUGAGUUGGUAAGACUGUAGUUAUCAGGAUUUGGCCUGGGAAGUAAAACGAACUUAACUCAAUAGAAAGCAGAUGACCAAUGAGGCAAUGCCUGAAAGGUUGAUAUUGAUUUGAAAUUGGUUCUUCGAAUUGGGAGAUAGCUGGUGGAUUUUUUUUUUAAAGACAUACAAACUCUAAGCUGGGAAUAUAAGUUGUUCCCCUUCCUUUUGGACUUGAAAAGGACAUACUUGUAGAAGAAGCAUUUUUAAAGCAUAAAACGAAACUUGUAUAUUUAAUUUCCUGCAGGUAUUUUUUAGAUUGUGCAACUUUUACCCAACAAAGAAAAAGAGAACUUCUGACAGAUUAUAUGCUUUGGUGAGAAGAUAAACACUGGAGAGUCUUGUAAUUGAUCUUUGUAUUUGCAAAUUAUUUCUGGGAAUCUUCCUUUUC